CUCUAACACUGAAGUUUGAACUCACACAUGCAAAGAAUCUUUUAUGGGUUGUCUGCAGAAAAGUAGGAUUACUGUUGACACUCUGAGCGAACCAUGGCUUUACAUGGUAUUUGUGGAAUUUUUGUAGUCCUCAGUGUUGGUCUGAUUUCCUUCACGCCAAGUUGUGAUGGAGGAAACAUUCUGGUAUUUCCAGUAGAUGGAAGCCACUGGAUCAAUAUGAAGAUCCUGCUGGAAGAACUUCACGCCAAGGGGCACAACCUCACUGUGAUAAGGGCCUCCAACAGCUGGUACAUCGCAAAAAAGUCUCCUCUCUACACAUCCAUUACCAUCAAAAUGGAUUUAGGUUUUGAGGAAUUUUUUGAUGUGUUCCUGAACGAUACUAUGAGGGCACAGAUUGAGCGGGCUUCAGCACUUACUUUCUUCAAACUUACCAAGGAUUUCCUUUCUAUGAUUUCUACAGCCCAUUCAGUGUGGUGUGAUACCCUCAUGGAAAUACUUGAUGAUGAAAAGAUGAUCAAAAGCUUAUUGGAUUCCAAAUAUGAUCUUGUUCUCACUGACCCAGCUGUAGCACCAGGGGCUGUACUGGCCAAGUAUCUCAAACUGCCCAUGGUCCUCAACGUUCGCUGGAUCACCAGUGGAGAAGGCCACUUUGCGCUAGCCCCCUCACCACUCUCUUACAUCCCAGUGCCAGGAUCGGGCUUAACAGACAAAAUGAACUUCAUCCAGAGGGUCAAGAACAUACUUUUCUACAGCAUUAUAGUUUUCCAGCAGAAAUUCUUGGUGGGGCCAGGCUAUGACGCUAUCUGUGAGAAAUAUAUUGAGGGUGGAUGUGACGUUUUCUCGAUUCUUCAGGAAGCAGACAUUUGGCUGUUUAGGUCAGAUUUUGUGUUUGAAUUCCCUCGGCCCACAAUGCCAAAUGUCGUCUAUAUAGGAGGGUUCCAGUGUAAGCCAGCCCAACCUUUGCCAGCAGACUUGGAAGAUUUUGUUCAGAGUGCUGGGGAGCAUGGAGUGAUCGUCAUGACUCUGGGAACUUUGGUUAAUGCCUUGCCCAAAGAUGUUGCAGAUGGAAUCGCCAGUGUCUUUGCCAAGAUGCCUCAGAAGGUAAUAUGGAGGCACAAAGGAGAGCGUCCAUCUACUCUGGGCAACAACACCCUGUUAGUGGACUGGAUGCCACAGAAGGACCUUCUGGGCCACCCACAGACCAAAGUCUUUGUAGCUCAUGGAGGAACCAAUGGAGUCCAGGAAGCAAUUUACCAUGGAGUCCCUGUGCUUGGCAUACCCUUGUUCUUUGACCAGUAUGAUAACCUUCUACGUCUGCAGGAGAGAGGAGCUGGGAAGAUCAUUGAGCUAGGUGAUGUCAACAGACACAGUUUUGAGCAAGGUAUUAACGAAGUGCUCCAUCAAGACAGCUACAGACAGAACAUGCAAAGACUGUCACGUUUGCACAGAGACCAGCCAAUGGCACCCAUGGAUCAGGCCAUCUUCUGGGUGGAAUAUGUGAUGCGCCAUAAGGGUGCUCCUCACCUGCGUACAGAGGCCUAUAAGAUGCCCUGGUACUCAUACUACUGUUUAGACGUCCUGCUACUAUUGCUGACUGUAGCAACUGUACUGCUGUUUUCUACUGUGGCCAUUUUCAGGUUCCUAUGCUGCAGAAGUAGAAGAAAGACCAAAACCAAACAACACUGAUACACAUCUACAGUGGUCCCUCGUUUAUCGCAGGGGAUACGUUC